AUGACGCGCGAAUGUCGACAUGGCACUCUUUGGAAGGGGCUCACAUGUCUUUUCGCUCUUCAAUUGCCCCUCGUGAGUGCGCAGGUUGCAGAGGUUGAGAAAGCAACCAAUGCGAGCUUGCUAUGGGGACCCUACCGGCCAAACCUCUACUUUGGAGUCCGGCCACGCAUACCGAAGAGUGUGAUGGGAGGUCUUAUGUGGACGCGAGUUGAGGAUUACCAAAGCGUGCAGCAUAACUUCCGUCACACUUGCGAACAACACGAGCUCGACGGCUACGGUUGGGACGAAUACGAUGUGCGCAGCGGCGGCCGGCAGACGAUCCACGACCCUGCGAACAAGAUCGACAUCACCACCGAGUUCAUCAAAUUCCCUGGCGGAGAGCAUGGCGGUAGCUGGGGUGCGAGGAUCAAGGGCACACCACGAGAAGACGCCGGCCCGAACCUACGAACGACAGUCGUUUGGUACAACACACUCGAGGGCUUGGGUAACCUGGAAAUUGCAGAUGCCGACCCUUCAGAACCCGGCAUUGAGGGUGACGUGGUCCUGAAGGGGCAGACCAAAGAACUGGGCGAGUUCGAGAUUAGAGUCACUGAGGGCAAGGGCGACCAUCCUGUUACCGGACAUCCAAGCUACGACGAGAAGCCGCUGGACCGAACGUUGGCACAUAGCGGGCAGGUACCGGAAGAGGCGUUAUGGCAGGUCAAGGCCAUGAUGUUCGCACACAUGAAGGGCCAGAUCGACGUCUUGGUCCCCAAGUACGGCGAGCAGAACCCUCCACCCCCCGCCCAAGUCUACACGAUCCAACAUCUACCCGGUCGUGGAAACAUGCACCUAGUUCAGAAGGUCUUUGAGGGUCCCUUUGAGUUCGACGUCAUCUUCUCGUCUCGGUCUGCGCCGGAGAAAAUCACGUCUGAGGACCUCACACAGCAAAUCGAAUCCGUCACUUCAAGCUUCUCGACUCGCUUCACGGAAAUUUUCAAGCCUCAAGCGCCGUUUGUCAAGGAACGCUACGAGGAGUUCUCCAAGUCGCUGUUCUCAAACCUGAUCGGUGGCAUCGGCUACUUUUUCGGUGACUCUCGCGUCGACCGAUCUUACGACCCUGCCUAUGAGGAGGAUAGCGAAGGCUUUUGGGAAGAGGCUGCUGAGGCGCGAAGCAGGAACCAAGCUCAGCUUGAAGGACCAUCUGAGUUGUUCACAGCCAUUCCAUCGCGACCCUUCUUCCCCCGCGGAUUCCUCUGGGAUGAAGGCUUCCAUCUCCUACCCGUCAUCGACUGGGAUGCUGAUCUCACUCUCGAUAUCAUCAAGAGCUGGUUCAAGCUCAUGGAUGAGGACGGCUGGAUUGGUCGCGAACAGAUCCUCGGCGCUGAAGCCCGCAGCAAAGUGCCAGAAGAGUUCCAGGUCCAGUAUCCUCACUACGCCAACCCACCAACGCUUUUCAUGGUCAUCACAUCCUUCCUCGACAAACUCGAUGCCAUCAAGACCGAUACCAGCAGCGAGAAGCUGCAACAAGAAAAGUCGUACUCGAUGCAACUCUCGAACCGCGAAGCCGCCCUAGAAUACCUUCGCUCGCUCUACCCCCUCCUCAAGCGCAACUACUUCUGGUACCGCAAGACACAGGCCGGCGACAUCAAAAGCUACGACAGAGAGGCAUUCUCCACCAAGGAGGGCUACCGCUGGCGCGGACGCACACCCUCGCACAUCCUUACCUCUGGUCUCGACGAUUAUCCUCGCCCUCAGCCACCACACCCCGGUGAGCUGCACGUCGACUUGAUCAGCUGGAUGGGCAUGAUGACUCGCGCAAUCAAGCGCAUCGCAAUCUACCUCGACGAAGAAGAUGAUGCGGCGGAAUUCGCGCGCUACGAUGAAGCCAUUGUACGCAACAUCGAUGACCUCCACUGGUCCAAGAAAGAGAAGGCGUACUGCGAUGCCACUAUCGAUGACUAUGAAGAGCACUCACUGGUCUGCCACAAGGGGUACAUUUCCUUGUUCCCCUUUCUGACUGGCCUCGUCGACAAGGACAGCGAGAGGUUGAGCGACGUGCUUGAUCUUAUCGAAGAUGAGGAGGAGCUGUGGAGUCCAUACGGCAUCAGAAGUCUGAGCAAGAGUGACGAGUUUUAUCACACGGCGGAGGACUACUGGCGUGGGCCUGUUUGGAUGCCAAUCAAUUAUCUGGCUGUGAGCCAGUUACUCAACAUCGCAACCCACCCCGGUCCCCACCGCGCCCGUGCAACCAAGAUUUACACUGAACUCCGCAAGAACCUGGUCAAUACUGUGUACGAGAGCUGGAAGGAAACCGGCUUUGCCUGGGAGCAAUAUAACCCUGAAACGGGUAAGGGGCAGCGGACACAACACUUCACUGGGUGGACGAGUCUGGUAGUCAAGAUUAUGGGUAUGCCGGAUUUAAGUAAAGGAGAAGAUGCGGUGAGGGAUGAGCUGUAG